AUGGACUGCCACUCAGCGUCCGACCUGUCCGCUGUGGGCACCAACAGUGGGCCGCCCGGCGCGCCCCGCUUCUACUGUCCCAAGAGCAGUCGCGGCUACAAGGCCGUCGAGACGCUGAACGCACCACCUGGUGCGCAGGUUGUGGGCGGCGAAUGCGGGUUCGGUGAGACAAAUGCCAACACCUUCUUGGCACGAACCAGGCAGCACCUGCAAUUACAGAAGGACGAGAACACCAAACUUCAGAAGCGCUUGGAAUCUCUGGAACUCGAGAACACCACACUUAAGAAGCGCUUGGAGGAACUAAGGGCUAGAAAAGAACUUUGCUCUGCACAGGGCACAAAAGUUGAAGCAGCUAUGUCGCAAAACAAAGAGCCCCUGAAGGACGAGAACGCUGAACCGCAGGAGCGCUUGAUAUCCCUGGAAUCCCGGGACCCCAAACAUCAGAAGCGGUUGGAGCCCAAGAACUACUUGCACGACGAACGCAUUAUCCAGGGGGGCAUGGGCAGAAUGGGGCCGGUCGGGAAAGAGGAAGGGGCUCAAGUACCAACUUGGGAUGUUUUCCACAACCUAGACCAUUGCAAGAUGGGGCAAGGCUCUUAA